AUGGGGAUCUGUGUUGCCAUGGCUCCUGUCGUCAUAGCUACAAACAAUUACGCAGAUGUACCGGGGACCAAUAAGAAAGAAAGGGCAGAGUGUGAUAAAAAGCUUUUUGGAGAUACUUCACCUCUGAUUCAGUCGAGCUCCAGGUUGGAUGAGCGGCAAGGUCAAAGUUGGAUCAUGGAGUUGCACCGUCGUCUUGUGGGGGCCUCCACCUCAGCCGCUUCCUGUUCCACGGACCCGGUUUACGACAACUGCCCACCUUUCACCCAGCGUGGGCGAGACAGGGAAAUGGAGAGUAGACUUGUGUACCCCGCAGUAACCAGACCCCCUGGCCUCUGCAUCCCUCAGACUGUUCUGGCCCCCGCUGUGGUCGAGGUGCCCACGCGGGUCAGUGAGGAAAGAACGCCUGGCGGUGGGCCAGAUCACUCCUACUGUGGUUGGAGAGGAGCUUUGGGAAUAUUGGCUCAUGAUCCGGGAAUAAACCGAGCAAGAGGAGGAGGAGGAGGAUACUGGCGGGAUGACAGCACUCCACUGUAUCACAUCCCAAGUCCGACCCCGAACACGGAACAUUUGAGCACGCUGUCGUUCUACGAUAACCUCUCCGGCGCUGAAACCCCUGACCACAUCGAGGAAGUUUUUGAAAUGGAACCCAACUUCCAGGAGCACUUUCAGGAAGACAUGUGGGCAUCGAAGCUGAUCCAGAUAGCAGCCGAUGAAGGAGGUUCUCGGUUAGAAAGCGGCUACCAGAACCAGAACCAGAACCAGAACCAAGAAAUCGAACAUCAGCAAGAGCUGGACUCGGUAUCACGUGGUUUUGUACAAGAUGUGGACCAGAUGCUGCAGAUGCACCAGUUAUCUCAGCAACAACGCCAGGCACUAUGGCAACCAAGCGAAGUCCAGACUCCGUGGGGGGUUCCUAAGGUACCCCCUCCUUUGCCCCUCGCUGACCCUUCCGCUCGUGCGCUUCGCAGCCUCCUCACCAACCUCCAGCAGCACAUCGUCAGACAACAGGAAGUGUACGAGGCCCGGAUAGUCAGCUUAGAGGAGCGAAACAAGGAACUGCAGGAGGAAGUCGUUCGUUUGAAAACCAACCUGUCCCGGCAGCGUCACUGGUACCAGGUCGUGCAAGCAAAGAUCACCGAGUCGGAAAGAGAGCGAGCUGCCGCCGAGCUGUGCAACUCGGCACUGCAGAAAGACAUGGAGCAGUUCUUCGACACGUUUGGUGAGCUCAACAACGAGGCGAAGAAGACAGAAAACAUCAUCAGGAGCUUUUGAGAAACGAGAAAAAACACGAAGAAGAAAGAAAACUCAAGCAUAAACACAAAAUGUUGUAUAAUACUUUAUCUCUCUCCAGACAGAACAUUCCCUUUCCUGUUUUGGGAAGGGCUUCCAUGUUGUACACUUAUAAGGGAUCUGAAAAAUACACACUGCAUGAAUUGCAAUACAAUAUGCUCUCAUGGGAAUUUAGUAGGGAAUCACAAACUCCAUAAACAUCCUGCACUGAUAUAUAUAUAUAUAUAUAUCUAUUUACAUCCAUCUAUAAAAACACAUACUUACUACUUCCUUUUGCUUUGUACAAACCCUACUAAGUUGUCAUGACAACAGGCCCCCUGAAUGAAUGAUCGAUGCAAU